UUAACUAAACCCAUUUCAACGUGCAACCUUGUUGACAGAUCGACAAACUAAAAUGUCAAGUUAAACUAUGCAAAACAUCGUAGUUCCAGAAAAUAAUUUAAAAUUCUUGCAAAAUCGAAAUGGAUUUUACGAAAAUUUGCCGCCUGUGCCUGGAGGAGAAAGUGCCGAUGCGGGAAAUAUUCAGCGGUGGUGAAAACAACUCGCUGAAAGAAAUUUUCAGCCAAAUCCUACAAAUCGAGAUCUACGAAGAUGACCAGCUGCCACAGCAGCUGUGCGAGGAGUGUGUCGCCGCGGUCACCAAGCUGGACGAAACGAUCGGGACGUACCGGGAGAAUGACGAAAGGUUGCGGAAGAUGCUGUACGAAACAGGUUCGGUUACGGUCAAGGAAGAGCUGGUGGAAAUGGAAGCCGAGUAUCUGAUGGAACCGGAAGUAACUUCGGACGGGCUUGAACAAACGGAGAAGGGGGAGGAGCAUGUCGAAAGUUUGGAGACUCCAAGCGAAUUCGAGAACAAAGAUUUUAAAGUCGAAUUAGCUAUCAAGGAAGAGACCAAAAAGUCGAAACCCAAACGAAAACCCGGUCGUCCACGCGUUCGGCCCGUUAAAGAGCGUAGAAAGGGCGUGUUGGGGCGACGCAAGAAAAAUGAGGAGUUUCUAGAUACGCCCAAAAAGGGUGACUUUCGGUGUUACGUUUGUAGGAGCGACUCGUUUGGUAACGCGGAAGCACUCUUGGUUCAUUUGGGCGAGCAUUCCGGGGAGCUUCCGUACACGUGCAAAAUUUGCGUCCGCAAAACUGUGGUCAUCACGAACGUUUCAACGCUCAACGUGCACAAGAAAAUGCACGCCAAUCCGGUGCCGUGUCCGCACUGCGACAACUGUCUCGCCAACAAAAGAAGCCUUGAUCUGCACAUCACGAUGCAGCACCAGGAGCUGGCCCCGGACGCCACUCCGUCGACCUGUUCGGAGUGUGGAAAGGUUUUCCUUAACGCGAAGGCCCUUAGGUUUCACAUGAACUCGCACGAUCAACCAAUGGCUUGCGAAGUUUGCGGCAAGGUGUUCAAAACUAAAAUGCUGCUCACGCGGCACGUUAACAGAGUGCACGGCAAUGCCGACCGAGUUGAGUGCCACAUUUGCCACAAAACACUCAUUACUUUGCAUGCCCUGCAGUCGCACAUUUCUACUAUGCACUCCAACGAACAGUUCAAGUGCAAGUACUGUCCGAGACUCUACCCCUCCAAGACCAGCUUGACCUACCACGAGAAGCAGCACGAACUCAAACCGAACUACACCGAAACCAUGUCCAACCACUGGCGCCAGUACUACACCGUGGAAGGCGAAAAGGGCUCCGAAGUCAGGACCUGCACCCUGUGCGGCCUGGUGCUGGGAAAAGCCAUCGGCAAACACUACACGAACAAGCAUUUCCCCCAGGCCAAACGGGAGCAUCGCUGCGACCAGUGCAGCGCCGUGUUCCGCCACAAAAAGGACCUCGAGGUGCACGUGCUGGAGCACACGCACGGGAAGUUCCUGAAGUGUCCGAUCUGCGGCAAAGAGUUUGCCGAGAAGCGCUAUCUGGUGUGGCACAUGAAAACCAAAAAGCACAAGGACCACCCGCUGGCGCAGUCGCUGGACUGGAUCGAGUCGGACCUGCCGGCGCCGUUGCCGAAUCUAGUGGAGAAGAAGGAGGAGAGUCGGGAGGAACGCGUCAUUGUGGAGGCGAUCAUACCGGACCAGACGGUUAGCUAUAGACCCUUGAUGUAUUGAGUUGUUUUAUGUUUUGCAGUGGAAAAUAAAGUUAAUAAAAGCAGAAUAAAAACCUGUACGAG